GAAAGCUUGUUGCACACAGCACACUCUGUAUCGAUUGCGUAGAAUCAAGAAAUGUGCACACGGCGCUAGAUUAUACUCCUAAUAUAAAAUAGGCGUGCAAUAUUCCAGUCAGCGUACAGUAAACAGUGAAAUACCGGUCAGUGUUUUAAAAGCUUUCGAAAUAACCAAAACAUUAUACAGUCAUCAUGAGUCAAGCUAAAGGAGCCUGCUGCAGGAAGGAGCAAGUCAGCUGCAAAUGCGACGAUUGCAAAUGCUCAGAUUCCGGCAAAUGCGGCCAAAGUUGCAAAUGUGACAACUGCAUAUGCUGCUCAACCGAGAAGAGGUGUUGCAGCAAGGGUUGUGAGUGCGGAGACAGCUGCCAAUGCAGCCCUGAUAUGAAGGAUUGCAUAUGCACUAAUUGCAAAUGCUGCAAGUCCGAUGACGCUUGCUGCAAAAAACCGGAGGACGCUUGCUGCAAGAAGACUGAUGAUGCUUGCUGCAUUUGCGAAUGCACUAAUUGCAUAUGCUGCAAGUCCGAUGACGCUUCCUGUAAAAAACCAGAGGACGCUUGCUGCAAGAAGACUGAAGAUGCUUGCUGCAUUUGCAAAUGUACUAAUUGCAUAUGCUGCAAGUCCGAUGACGCUUCCUGUAAAAAACCAGAGGACGCUUGCUGCAACAAGACUGAAGAUGCUUGCUGCAUUUGCAAAUGUACUAAUUGCAUAAGCUGCAAGUCCGAUGACGCUUCCUGUAAGAAACCAGAGGAUGCUUGCUGCAAGAAGACUGAUGAUGCUUGCUGUAUUUGCGAAUGCACUAAUUGCAUAUGCUGCAAGUCCGAUGACGCUUCCUGUAAGAAACCAGAGGAUGCUUGCUGCAAGAAGACUGAUGAUACUUGUUGCAUUUGCGAAUGUACUAAUUGCAUAUACUGCAGGUCCGAUGGCGCUUCCUGUAAGAAACCAGAGGACGCUCGCUGCAAGAAGACUGAUGAUGCUUGCUGCAUUUGCGAAUGCACUAAUUGCAUAUGCUGCAAGUCCGAUGACGCUUCCUGUAAGAAACCAGAGGACGCUUUCUGCAAGAAGACUGAUGAUGCUUGCUGCAUUUGCAAAUGCACUAAUUGCAUAAGCUGCAAGUCCGAUGACGAUUGCUGCAAGAAACCGAAGAACGCUUGCUGCAAGAAGACUGAUGAUGCUUGCUGCAUUUGCGAAUGCACUAAUUGCAUAUGCUGCAAGUCCUAUGACGCUUCCUGUAAGAAACCAGAGAACGCUUGCAGCAAGGAACCGGACGAUGCUUGCUGCAAGAAGACUGAUGAUGCUUGCUGCUUGUGCAAAUGCACUAAUUGCAUAAGCUGCAAGUCCGAUGACGCUUCCUGUAAGAAACCAGAGGAUGCUUGCUGCAAGAAGACUGAUGAUGCUUGCUGCAUUUGCGAAUGCACUUAUUGCAUAUGCUGCAAGUCCGAUGAAGCUUGCUGCAAGAAACCGGAGGACGCUUGCUGCAAGAAGACUGAAGAUGCUUGCUGCAUUUGCGAAUGCACUAAUUGCAUAUGCUGCAAGUCCGAUGACGCUUCCUGUAAGAAACCAGAGGACGCUUUCUGCAAGAAGACUGAUGAUGCUUGCUGCAUUUGCAAAUGCACUAAUUGCAUAAGCUGCAAGUCCGAUGACGAUUGCUGCAAGAAACCGAAGAACGCUUGCUGCAAGAAGACUGAUGAUGCUUGCUGCAUUUGCGAAUGCACUAAUUGCAUAUGCUGCAAGUCCUAUGACGCUUCCUGUAAGAAACCAGAGAACGCUUGCAGCAAGGAACCGGACGAUGCUUGCUGCAAGAAGACUGAUGAUGCUUGCUGCAUGUGCAAAUGCACUAAUUGCAUAAGCUGCAAGUCCGAUGACGCUUCCUGUAAGAAACCAGAGGAUGCUUGCUGCAAGAAGACUGAUGAUGCUUGCUGCAUUUGCGAAUGCACUUAUUGCAUAUGCUGCAAGUCCGAUGACGCUUCCUGUAAGAAACCAGAGGACGCUCGCUGUAAGAAGACUGAUGAUGCUUGCUGCAUUUGCGAAUGCACUAAUUGCAUAUGCUGCAAGUCCGAUGACGCUUCCUGUAAAACACCAGAGGACGCUUGCUGCAAGAAGACUGAAGAUGCUUGCUGCAUUUGCAAAUGUACUAAUUGCAUAAGCUGCAAGUCCGAUGACGCUUCCUGUAAGAAACCAGAGGAUGCUUGCUGCAAGAAGACUGAUGAUACUUGUUGCAUUUGCGAAUGUACUAAUUGCAUAUACUGCAGGUCCGAUGGCGCUUCCUGUAAGAAACCAGAGGACGCUCGCUGCAAGAAGACUGAUGAUGCUUGCUGCAUUUGCGAAUGCACUAAUUGCAUUUGCUGCAAGUCCGAUGACGCUUCCUGUAAGAAACCAGAGGACGCUUGCUGCAAAAAACCGGAGGACACUUUCUGCAAAAAGACUGAUGAUGCUUGCUGCAUUUGCAAAUGCACUAAUUGCAUAUGCUGCAAGUCCGAUGACGCUUGCUGCAAGAAACCGGAGUAUGCUUGCUGCAAGAAGAUUGUUGAUGCUUGCUGCAUUUGCAAAUGUACUAAUUGCAUAAGCUGCAAGUCCGAUGACGCUUCCUGUAAGAAACCAGAGGAUGCUUGCUGCAAGAAGACUGAUGAUGCUUGCUGUAUUUGCGAAUGUACUUUUUGCUUAUGCUGCAAGUCCGAUGACGCUUCCUGUAAGAAACCAGAGGACGCUUGCUGCAAGAAGACUGAUGAUGCUUGCUGCAUUUGCAAAUGUACUAAUUGCAUAAGCUGCAAGUCCGAUGACGCUUCCUGUAAGAAACCAGAGGAUGCUUGCUGCAAGAAGACUGAUGAUGCUUGCUGUAUUUGCGAAUGCACUUAUUGCAUAUGCUGCAAGUCCGAUGACGCUUCCUGUAAGAAAUCAGAGAACGCUUGCUGCAAGAAGACAAAUGAUGCUUGUUGCAUUUGCGAUUGCACUAAUUGCAUAUGCUGCAAGUCCGAUGACGCUUGCUGCAAGAAACCGGAGUAUGCUUGCUGCAAGAAGACUGAUGAUGCUUGCUGCAUUUGCAAAUGCACUAAUUGCAUAUGCCGUAAGUCCGAUGACGCUUCCUGUAAGAAACCAGAGGACGCUUGCUGCAAGAAGACUGAUGAUGCUUGCUGCAUAUGCAAAUGUACCAAUUGCAUAAGCUGCAAGUCCGAUGACGCUUCCUGUAAGAAACCAGAGGAUGCUUGCUGCAAGAAGACUGAUGAUGCUUGCUGUAUUUGCGAAUGCACUUAUUGCAUAUGCUGCAAGUCCGAUGACGCUUCCUGUAAGAAACCAGAGGACCCUUGCUGCAAGAAGACUGAUGAUGCUUGCUGCAUUUGCAAAUGUACUAAUUGCAUAAGCUGCAAGUCCGAUGACGCUUCCUGUAAGAAACCAAAGGAUGCUUGCUGCAAGAAGACUGAUGAUGCUUGCUGUAUUUGCGAAUGCACUUAUUGCAUAUGCUGCAAGUCCGAUGACGCUUCCUGUAAGAAACCAGAGGAUGCUUGCUGCAAGAAGACUGAUGAUGCUUGCUGUAUUUGCGAAUGCACUUAUUGCAUAUGCUGCAAGUCCGAUGACGCUUCCUGUAAGAAACCGGAGGAUGCUUGCUGCAAGAAGACUGAUGAUGCUUGCUGUAUUUGCGAAUGCACUUAUUGCAUAUGCUGCAAGUCCGAUGACGCUUCCUGUAAGAAACCAGAUGACCCUUGCUGCAAGAAGACUGAUGAUGCUUGCUGCAUUUGCAAAUGUACUAAUUGCAUAAGCUGCAAGUCCGAUGACGCUUCCUGUAAGAAACCAGAGGAUGCUUGCUGCAAGAAGACUGAUGAGGCUUGCUGUAUUUGCGAAUGCACUUAUUGCAUAUGCUGCAAGUCCGAUGACGCUUCCUGUAAGAAACCGGAGGAUGCUUGCUGCAAGAAGACUGAUGAUGCUUGCUGUAUUUGCGAAUGCACUUAUUGCAUAUGCUGCAAGUCCGAUGACGCUUCCUGUAAGAAACCAGAGGACCCUUGCUGCAAGAAGGCUGAUGAUGCUUGCUGCAUUUGCAAAUGUACUAAUUGCAUAAGCUGCGAGUCCGAUGACGCUUCCUGUAAGAAACCAGAGGACCCUUGCUGCAAGAAGGCUGAUGAUGCUUGCUGCAUUUGCAAAUGUACUAAUUGCAUAAGCUGCAAGUCCGAUGACGCUUCCUGUAAGAAACCAGAGGACCCUUGCUGCAAGAAGGCUGAUGAUGCUUGCUGCAUUUGCAAAUGUACUAAUUGCAUAAGCUGCAAGUCCGAUGACGCUUCCUGUAAGAAACCGGAGGACGCUUGCUGCAAGAAGACUGAUGAUACUUGCUGCAUUUGCGAAUGCACUAAUUGCAUAUGCUGCAAGUCCGAUGACGCUUGCUGCAAGAAACCGGACGUUGCUUGCUGCUAG